UUUGUUGUUGUUUUCCUUCAGCAGUAGAACAGUCGACAUCUUUGGCAUAGAGCGCAUUCCCUUUCUUUACAACUGUAAUUUCCGCUAUUGUAUGUCAAACAGGAAAACCAUUUGGGACAUCAGGCAGCCCAAGGGACUAGUGGAGUUUUCUGUAUUCGUCCUGUCUUGAGUAAAACUUGUUUUUGUCUUUUUAAAAGGUAUAUGGGCAGUCAGUACCAGCGGUCAGUACCACUAGAGGUGAGGAGAGCAGAGGGAGAGAGAGUUCGGGCCAAACAUCCUGACAAGAUACCGAUCAUUGUGGAGAGGGCCUCGAGGUCAAGAGCUCCUGAGCUGGACAAGAAGAAAUACUUAGUGCCCUCAGAUUUAACAGUGGGCCAGCUGUGCUUCCUCAUCCGUCAGCGGGUGUCUUUGAGACCGGAGGAGGCACUCUUCUUCUUCGUCAACAACUCCCUCCCCCCAUCCAGCUCCCCUCUCUCUGCUGUGUAUGAGGAGCACCACGAAGAGGACCUGUUCCUCUACAUGACUUACAGUAAUGAGAGCGUGUACGGUGCCUGAGGGAGGACAAAAGACCAGAGAAAGAGAGAGUGCAAGAAUGAGAGGAGAAAAAGUGAGACAGUCUGAGGGAUAAAGUGUUAAGGCUGUCUGUAAUGCUUCAAGCCACUAUUAUUCUUUAUAUUAUGUUUUGAUAAGUAACUACAGUGCAGGUGGAUUAAAAGGUAGAGGGACUGAACAUGGGUUUACCUUUGACAGUAUUUCAGGGUGAGUAAUAAAAUGUAGUACCCUUGUAGAACAUGACAGGUUCUGAUGAUUCCUUACUUGGUGAAAGAAGAAACAGGAAGCAUGAAUAAAAAGGACAAAAAAAAAAAAGCAUUGUAAAAUUAUGUUGAUGGGGCUCUCGUUAUCUUUCUCAGUCAUCUGUAUUUAAUGCAAAUAGUAUUUUGUUUUUGUAAAUUAAUAUCAUAAACUUUUGUGGAAAAUAAAAAUGAAAAUGCAUAAAA